CUUUGUCAUUUCUUCCUUAUUUAGUCCCACUGUAUACUCUAUUUUUACCUCACAGCCUGGACACCCCACUUUCUCUCUCUAGAAAACCAGUAGAGAGAGAGAGAGAGAGAGAGAAGAGCCACAAAAAGGGCCAAAAAGCAAAGAGCAAAUGCAGGUCCCCAAACCCAAACACCCACACUAGUACUUUCUACUGCUACUUCUCUCUUCUCUUCUUCCCAAACCAACAAAAAUGGAUGAGGUUUGAAGCAAGCAAGCAAAGCAAGAGCAAGAGCAAGAACAACCCAACUCAACUCCCAUUCCACCAGAACCUGUUCUGUUCUGUUCUGUUCUUUCUCCACCAUAAUGCAUUCCCAUCAUCAAAGGCAGAGUCUUUUUUACCUCUGCUUUUUCUCCAUACUAGUUUUGCUUCCAUUAGCAACACCAGAUCUGAGCUCCGACCGCGCCGCCCUUCUCGCUCUCCGCUCCGCCGUCGGAGGCCGGACCCUCCUCUGGGACGUGACCCGGCCCAGCCCAUGUUCCUGGGCCGGAGUCAACUGCGAGGACAACCGCGUCACUGUGCUUCGUCUCCCUGGUGUGGCUCUCCACGGCACCAUACCCAGUGGCAUUUUCGGAAACCUGACCGGCCUUCGCACUCUCAGUCUCCGUCUCAAUGCUCUCACCGGUCCUCUCCCGUCAGAUCUCUCCGCCUGCGUUACUCUUCGUAACCUCUACUUGCAGGGCAACUUGUUCUCCGGCGAAAUCCCCGAGUUUCUGUACAGCUUGCAUGACUUGGUCCGGCUCAACUUGGCCUCCAACAACUUCUCCGGCGAGAUCUCACCUUCUUUCAACAAUCUGACAAGGAUAAGGACACUGUACCUCGAAAACAACAAGCUUUCGGGGUCCGUUCCGGCUUUAGACCUCCCCAAGCUCGAGCAGUUCAACAUUUCGAACAAUUUGCUAACCGGGUCUAUUCCGAAGAAGUUACGUUCUUACAAAUCGAGCUCGUUUCUGGGCAACUCACUGUGUGGAGGACCUCUCGGUGCUUGUCCAGGUGAGGCGGAUAAUGGAGACUUCAAUAUCGACGGUAGCAAGAAGAAGAAAAAGCUCUCCGGUGGAGCUAUUGCCGGUAUUGUGAUUGGAUCUGUGGUUGCUUUUGUUGUGAUCGUUGCGAUUUUGUUCCUUCUCUGCCGAAAGAAGAGCAGCAGCAAGAAGACCAGCUCAGUCGACAUUGCCAGGACAGUGAAGCACCCGGAGGUCGAGAUUCCCGGCGAGAAGCUGCCGGAGCUGGAGAGCGGAGGUGGUUAUGGAAAUGGGUACUCGGUGGGAGCGGCGGCCGCGGCGGCGAUGGUGGGGAAUGGGAAGAGUGAAGCUGCUAAUGCUAGUGGUGGUGGUGCUGCUGGAGCUAAGAAGUUAAUCUUUUUCGGAAACGGGCCGAGGGUGUUUGAUCUGGAGGACUUGUUGAGAGCCUCGGCGGAGGUGUUGGGGAAAGGGACGUUUGGGACGGCGUACAAGGCGGUUUUGGAGGCCGGGACGGUGGUGGCGGUGAAGAGGCUUAAGGAUGUGACCAUUACAGAGAAGGAGUUUAAGGAAAAGAUUGAAUCUGUGGGAGCCAUGGAUCAUGAGAGUUUGGUUCCUUUGAGAGCUUAUUAUUUCAGCAGAGAUGAGAAGCUUCUUGUCUAUGAUUACAUGCCCAUGGGAAGCUUAUCUGCGCUUUUGCAUGGAAACAAAGGAGCAGGUAGAACUCCACUGAACUGGGAAAUCAGGUCCGGCAUUGCCCUUGGAGCUGCCCGUGGAAUUGAAUACCUACACUCUCAAGGCCCCAAUGUCUCUCACGGAAACAUAAAGUCAUCCAACAUCCUGCUUACAAAAUCCUAUGAAGGUCGGGUGUCUGAUUUCGGCUUAGCACACCUUGUUGGACCCUCUUCCACUCCCAACAGAGUUGCUGGCUACCGAGCACCAGAGGUGACUGAUCCUCGCAAGGUUUCACAGAAGGCCGAUGUUUACAGCUUUGGGGUACUGCUCUUGGAGCUACUCACCGGGAAGCCCCCAACCCAUGCUCUCUUGAAUGAGGAAGGAGUUGACCUUCCAAGGUGGGUUCAGUCCAUAGUUAAAGAAGAGUGGACUUCUGAGGUUUUUGAUCUUGAGCUUCUGAGGUACCAGAACGUCGAGGAGGAGAUGGUUCAGCUAUUGCAACUUGCGAUAGAUUGUUCAGCACAGUAUCCUGAUAAACGCCCUUCAAUAUCCGAAGUGACAAGGCGCAUUGAGGAGCUACGCCAUUCUACAUUGCGGGAAGAUCAGCCCAAUGCUGUCCAUGAUAUUGAUGAUGGGUCUUCCCGAUGAGUUGAUCUGUACCCCUCCCCUCGACCAUUUUCCUUCAUUGAUUUGUAGUACAAUAUCUGCUUUCUUGUGCCCAUACUUUUGCUUGUUAAGUUUCUUGUUCUUCUUGCAUGUUAAAUUCUGGGUCUCAUCUUACCUUCAUUAGGAGCCAACUGUUAUUUUUUUUUACCCCCUUUCUUUUAUUUGUCAAUGUACUAGUUUUUGCCUUUUGAUUAAUACACUUUUGGGGUGGAUAUCUGUUCCAUUAACUGUUGGUGGAUGAUGGUUGCUGUAAUUAUUACUUCACCUUUUGCCUCUUGCCUUUAUUGGUUACACAACUCCUGAGCUAUUGAAAUUGAGAUGUUUUCAGUUGCCUCCUCA